GUCGGCGUGGUUCUCGAGCGGAGCGUCUUCCGCCACCGGGCCUUCGCCAUGAGCGUCCCGGCCUUCAUCGACAUCAGCGAGGAAGACCAGGUCAGCUUGACGUCUCUCUAGUUUCCAUCCCUCCCAGUGGGUUAAAUGAGAAAGCGAUUGCUGCAGUUAGGAAGUCCAGCUGAUGGAGGUGACACGAAACUGAAUAGGAUCCCUGUGAAGUGUGUCUACACGGGCUCUGUGGGAACCCGCGCUGUUGAAGGCACAGCACUUAGCUUUAGAAGCAGGGCAGGCAGCUGAACUUCGUGCUUAUCUGAAAUCAAAAGGCGCCGAGAUUUCAGAAGAGAACUCGGAAGGUGGACUUCAUGUAGAUUUAGCUCAGAUUAUUGAAGCCUGUGAUGUGUGUCUGAAGGAAGAUGAUAAAGAUGUUGAAAGUGUGAUGAACAGCGUGGUAUCGCUCCUGUUGAUCCUGGAACCAGACAAGCAAGAAGCAUUGAUUGAAAGUCUGUGUGAAAAGUUGGUCAAGUUUCGGGAAGGCGAACGUCCAUCUCUGAGACUGCAGUUGCUCAGCAAUCUUUUCCAUGGGAUGGACAAGAACACCCCUGUAAGGUACACAGUGUACUGCAGCCUCAUCAAGGUGGCGUCGUCGUGUGGGGCCAUCCAGUACAUCCCAACCGAGCUGGAUCAAGUGAGAAAGUGGAUUUCUGACUGGAAGCUCACCACUGAAAAGAAACACACCCUCUUAAGACUACUCUAUGAGGCACUCGUGGAUUGUAAGAAAAGUGAUGCUGCAUCAAAGGUCAUGGUGGAGUUGCUCGGGAGUUACACAGAAGACAAUGCUUCACAGGCUCGAGUUGAUGCCCACAGGUGUAUUGUGCGGGCACUGAAGGAUCCAAAUGCCUUUCUUUUUGACCAUCUUCUUACUCUAAAGCCAGUCAAGUUCUUGGAAGGCGAGCUUAUCCAUGAUUUAUUAACCAUUUUUGUGAGUGCUAAAUUGGCAUCAUAUGUCAAGUUCUAUCAGAACAAUAAAGACUUCAUAGAUUCACUUGGUCUAUUACAUGAGCAAAAUAUGGCAAAAAUGAGACUCCUCACUUUUAUGGGAAUGGCAGUGGAGAACAAAGAGAUUUCUUUCGAUACAAUGCAGCAAGAGCUACAGAUUGGAGCUGAUGAUGUCGAAGCAUUUGUUAUUGAUGCUGUAAGAACUAAAAUGGUCUACUGCAAAAUUGAUCAGACCCAAAGAAAAGUAGUUGUCAGUCACAGCACACAUCGGACAUUUGGAAAACAGCAGUGGCAACAGCUGUAUGACACUCUUAAUGCCUGGAAACAAAAUUUGAACAAAGUGAAAAAUAGCCUUUUGAGUCUUUCAGAUACCUGAAUCUUUAUGCAAAUAAUUUUGUUCUUUAAAAAAAAGUUCUAAGUCGUAGUAAAAUGUUAUCAACUAAAA